GAAUCGCCAACACCAGCUACUGGAGUGCUUCUGGGUAGUUCUGUAUACCGUUGCUUCGCUAUUUUUCUCUUUCUACGCUUUCCAUCAUUUGAGUCGGUAUUUCAUCCCUGUUAUUGCGCACUCGCCAGGUCCUCCUUCGGCGUUUGGGUCUCCAGUUGUAGAGCAGUUGAAGGCCUAGGUAGAGCAGACAGACUUGGAAAGAAGAAGCCGCUGUAAUGGUUCAACUACACGAUCAAUCGCGGCCCGAGGCCUUACAUCGUCUGAACCAAACACUGCUUCAAAUCGACCCAUACAUCCUCCCACCUUAUCCAAACCUCUCCCUCGUUUCCGGUCCACUUGAUCCUCCUCUCGUGCAGUUGACCAUAUCGCAAUCGCUCUUCCAACAAGUCGAGCUCCAUCCACACAAGGAGGCCAUCGUAAUACCAUGGACUGGUGCAAGGUGGACAUAUCAGGAGCUGUGGAACGAGACAAGCUUGUUAGCACGGGCUCUAUUAAAGUAUGGCGUACGUCCACGAGAUCGGAUAGGCAUCAUGAGUGGAAAUUGUGAGAAGUAUAUCGCACUGUUCUUUGCCUGCGCAAGGGUCGGCGCGAUUUGCGUCACGCUCAACAAUACAUACACGGCAACGGAGAUGGAGUAUGCGCUGAGGCAUACCAAAUGCAAAAUACUCUUCACAACACCCACAAUUUCACGGUUCGACAAUGAGCCACUUCUAGAAAAGCUUCACGAAGAAGACCUUACAUCGACUCUACCAGACUUGAAAACAGUUUGUCUUAUUCGCGGCAACUACAGCGACUUCAUCAAAUAUGACGAGUUCAUAAGUGAAGCCGAAAGCAUACCAGAUCACCUUCUCGAAAUCUUUGAUAGCAUAAUAAGUCCAUACGAUGUCGCAAAUCUCCAAUUCACAAGUGGCAGUACUGGCAGUCCGAAAGCGGCCAUGUUGUCCCAUCACAAUCUCAUCAACAACUCCCGCUUCAUAGGCGACCGCAUGAACCUUACACCCGACGACAUUCUCUGCUGCCCACCACCCCUCUUCCAUUGUUUCGGCCUCACCCUCGGCCUCCUCGCAACGCUCACACACGGCGGCAAGAUUGUAUAUCCCGCAGAAUCAUUCGACCCCGUUGCAACCAUGCACGCCAUCUCCGACGAGCGCUGCACAGCCCUACACGGCGUCCCAGCUAUGAUGGAGUCCAUAAUUGACUGCGAGAAGCCUGAAGGCUGGACCUCUGAGCUUCGCACUGGCAUCGUAGCCGGUAGCCCGGUGCCGCGGUGGCUGAUGGAGCGUAUGGUCAGCGAGCUAGGAAUGACCGACUUCACGUCUAGCUAUGGGCUCACGGAGGCGAGUCCUACGGUCUUCAAUGCACAUACCACGGACUCGCUACAUUCACGAUUGACGACUGUGGGUACUGUGCUGCCGCAUGCGCGCGUCAAGAUUGUGGACCAUGACGAUCGGGUCGUGCCUAUUGGUGUGCGCGGCGAGCUUUGUGUAGCUGGGUAUCAGGUGUGUAGAGGGUACUGGGAGAACCCCGAGAAGACGGCAGAAUUGCUGGUCCGAGACGAGCAAGGAGAGUUGUGGCUGCACACUGGUGACGAAGCGGUGUUGGAUGUUGAUGGAUACUGUACGAUCACAGGGCGCUUCAAGGACAUCAUCAUACGAGGCGGGGAGAAUAUAUACCCACUAGAGAUCGAAGAACGUCUCGUCCAGCAUCCCUCUAUCGCACGCGCCAUCGUCGUCGGCGUUUCCCAUCCUCGCUACGUUGAAGUACCUGCCGCCUUCUUACUGCGCGAAGAAGGGACGGAGAAGCCGGGGCUUGACGAGGUCAAGGGCUGGGUCAGGAAGGUACUAGGAAGACACAAGGCGCCUGUGCAUGUCUUCUGGCUCGGUGACGACUGCGACGCUGAAGUGCCGCUCACCGGGAGUGGGAAGAUAAGAAAGUUUGUCUUGAGGGAUAUCGCCGAGGAGAUUCUGAAGAAGACGUAGCAGGUAUUGUACAAG